GUGUUUGGGGCUGGUCCGGGACCGGAAGUGCGUGGGAUGUUCGGCUGGCCCCGCUUUGGGUUUUCAGGAAACAUGGAAGCGGCGGCGGUAGUUGAAGUCUAAGGACUCUUGUGACGAUCUCGGGGUGCCCUCUGAGAGGAAAGGGAGGAUGCCACUGGAAUCAUCUUCCUCUUCGAUGCCACUAUCCUUCCCUUCUCUCUUACCCUCAGUACCAGACAAUAUUACUGACUCUUCCCUUCCCCCAAUGUCUUACAUCACUUCCCAGGAGAUGAAGUGUGUUCUUCACUGGUUUGCCAGUUGGUCAGGUCCCCAGCGUGAACGUUUCCUACAGGACCUGGUAGCUAAGGCAGUGCCAGGAAAAUUACAGCCACUACUGGAUGGUUUGGAGCAGCUUAGUGUGUCUGGGGCAAACCGACCACCUUCUAUCUUUGAGUGCCAGCUACGUCUUUGGGAUCAGUGGUUUCGAGGUUGGGCUGAGCAGGAGCGCAAUGAAUUUGUCAGGCAACUGGAGAUCAGUGAGCCAGACUUCGUUGCAAAGUUUUACCAAGCAGUGGCUGCUACAGUUGGUAAGGAUUGAUAGGCAUUCAAAUCAAAGAAGAUAACCACAGCUGAUGGAGCCGAGGCCAUGACUCUACAGUGAGAACUCAAUUAAAGUGUGUCACCUAAAAGUCUGGGGAUGGUAUUCUGAUCAGCUGGCUGAACUUGCUGACUAGCACAGGCAUGGUGAUUUCAGCAUUAACACCAUGUCAGCUGGACUCCUAGUAUAAAUGUUAUCCAUCUAAGCAAAUCCAGCUAAUCAGUCUGUCUUCUGGUUUUCUUCUUUCCAAGAGAUGUCAAACCCUCAAGAAUUUGAUGACUUCUUUUGCAACUGUGCCAAAAAGGAACAUUAUAACUCAAGCCUACUGCUGGCCCAAGAGGUGUAUAAAGAAGAGCCCUCCUUCCUCAGAAACAGGAGAGAAGGACAAUAAAAAGCCAUAUUUUUAUAGUUUA